AUGAAAUACCUGAAGGAGUUCUUACAGAUUAGCUCGCAUGGAACUCAGGCUUUCAAUCAACACCGGUAUUGGCCUAAGAUGAUCAAAGAUUCCGAGGCAAUCUGGGAAUUGGUGAAAAAGAAGAAAAGCGAAACAGCAUCCGAUAAACUUUCAAUUGAACGUGGCGUUCGAGAUCAACUCAAUCGUCAUUUUGCAUCGGAAAUUUACCAAUCAAAAAGACUGAAGAAGAAACUUAAAAAGAAGAACGAGCCGAUUCCGGCGCAUCUGACUGCCGUUAUUCCACCAUACAUAGCAGAUCUGAUCAAAAAUGAUCCCAAUUCAUUACUCAAUCCGUACUUGGAACUCGAAGCAUACGUCUCAGAAAUCGAUACACUUGCGGUCCCUCAAAGGCUACAGGAUCAUUAUCACGGCCACAACAUCCAGCAAAUCUCCGAGGUGCAUCUGAAUGAUAAGGAAAUACUGAAGAAGAGUUAUUUUAUCUUGUUUAAUCUUCCUUCAGGUCAAAACUCGAAUAAUCCUACUGUUGGUCGUGUGAAUUCGAUUUGGUGCAUCAGGAGGCCUUCAAAACCAUGUCGGUACAUUCUCCACGCAAGUAUACUCAAAAGGAUGGAAAAUUUAAAUGAGUGGUAUCAAAUGGCCGAGUUCAGAGUUACUGAACAGUCCCUCUUUGUCAACGCAAAGGAAGUUGAGAGUUGUUUAAACCUGCAGCACAAUUGCCACGAUGGUGACUGCAAGCUUACGAAGACGCGUAAGCUGAGAAUAGAAAGGAACGAUAGCGAGGUUAGGGCGCUUGAGACCACCCAUCAGGACAACAAGCGAUUCAUCUUGAAUUCCUGCUCCUUACAUUCUGUCAAUUCGCAUCAAAAGAUAUCCGGCCUUGUUUUUAAGAGGAUCAAACCACUUCAAUGGAUUGAUACUUUGCCCGAGGGCUUGAAUAAAUGGAAGGCUAAUAAAAAGAAGGGCAAGCCAGUAAUUCCCUCCAGACCUUCAACCUCUCGUGUUGAUCCUAGCUUUCUUAUUUAG